GUUCCUCUCUUUAGUAAUAUUUAUCAUCACGGAAAGAAUUACCCCUCCCCCUUCCCCCUACACAAGGUGUAUAAAACCAUUUUCACCGCGUGGACGACUAUGAGUCAAGACCAAAGAUUUGUUUCGUUGGCUUGUCAGUGAUUACAAUCAGUUUCGGAUAUUGUGUGGAUUGCUUUCGUGGAUGAUAUCUCUAAAAUCUAACUCCAUGUACAUCGAAACUAGCUGACAAUGUCCGGAAAGUUCUCAGCAGCCCUUCUCUUCGCCGUCUUGGUAGUGAGUCUCGGCAUCAUCAACUGUAGUCCUGCUAUCGCGUCCGGUUUCGACCCCCUGGAGGUGUGCAUAGAAAACUGCGCUCAGUGCAAGAAGAUGCUCGGCGACUGGUUCCAGGGCCCGCUCUGUGCGGAGACGUGCAUCAAGCUCAGAGGCAAAGUCAUCCCUGAGUGCGAGAACUUCGCCUCCAUAUCGCCUUUUAUUGUCAACAAAUUUUAACGUGAUUGCAAUCUGGUCGAGUGCACGAUAUAAGACUGAUAAUUUUGGACACUGAAGAAUGGGCUGUUGAGAUUUCUAAUAUUUUUCAACUUCACUAGCUAAAUAUCUUGCCGGUAGCUAUCUUAGAGGAUAUAACCAAACGGAGACGCCAUGUCUGUAAUUUUCGGUACAAAAUAGUGUGCCGAUUUUCUGGGGGAGGGGCACGUCAAAUGUAUAAGUAACAUAAAAAUAGCCAUGUCAGAUAAACGUCAGUACAUACAAUGUGUAUGACCAUUGGCCGCCUAUUAUCUAUAAUAGGAGCAUAAAUUAAUCCUGUACUAUAGUUACGCAAGCUGAGCAAGUUAGGUCAGUUCGGUAGGUAUAAGACCUACAAUAUACAAUUUGAAACUAAUCUAAUUUCGGGGACAAUGCAAUUAACAACUGCUUCCUUGUAAAAGAAAUAACUGUUGUACACAUUGUUUUAAAUCUAUUGUGCCAAUAUUCACAAUGCUUUUUAACUACCUAUUCAAAUCUACGAAGCGGAUAAUAUGUUGUAUCUUUAUAGUUUCAAACUGGCCUAGCUUUAAUUGCUCUCUCUGUGUAUUACGAAUGAACUAGGGGGCAAACAUUACUUUAUACGCGAACAAAAGUAUUUAAAAAAGUCCAAUUAAAGUUAACGCAGAAAAUUACGCGGCCCUCAAAAUGCUCCGUAUGACGAUUAUACAAAGAAACGGUAUUUAAAUUACUCCCUAAUGGGAGAUUACUGCCUGUAAUCCUGCACCAACCUUUAAAAUCACUUUUUGACGAUGAAAGUUUGAGGGCGCUCGCCGUAACUUCACCAGUUUUUCUAUUUUUUUUUUUCAUUUGAAUGGAAAGUGUCGGAAGAAAGAUUUUUUUCCUCCCCAUGAAAACAUGACGUUCCACGGAAUAAGGUACCUUAUGGCGGCUGGCGCUUACGUUGCAUAGCGCCGCAAUAAUAUUACAGCGGCGUUAAUAAUAGCGUAAGCGCCAACCGCCAUAAGGUACCUUUACACAUGGGACGUCACAUUUAGUGAUCGCGACUUGAGCACUUAGUGCCCCUUUCACACAUUUCCACAUAAAAUCCAUUACCCGAAACCGAGAGAAUUAGUCAACUGGCAAAUCAACGCGCGUGUCGUGCACUCGUCGAACCGACGAUCAACGUUUUGAAGAUAACCGACGAAGCCAAAGUAUUAGCUAUACUCAUUAGUACUUAAUUAUUAACUAAGUUUAUUAUUUUUAUCGGUAGCUAUACACUUACUUUUAAUUUUUAUACAGGGACAUAAUAAACCAUGAAU